ACGGAUAUACGUUACAGGUAUUACUGAUUUUCUCACCAGCAUGGCACAGCAACAACAGGUGGAGGCGGAUACAAGACCGGAGUUGUCACAUGACGAUAUCAGAGAAAUGAGCGACUGGUUUUAUUUCUUUGAUAAAAAUGGUGACAAAAAGUUAGACAGAGACGAAAUGAAGAGAGUGUUCCAUGCCAUGUGUUGGUCAGUCGACGAUAAAGAAAUGGAAAAUAUCUUUAAAACUGCUGAUAAGGACGGAGAUGGUUUAAUAGAUUAUGAUGAAUAUAUGAGCCUUUUGCAAUCGUUGAGGAAAGACCCCCAUACAGAGAGAUGCGAACUUAUUGAGGCUUUCAGACAUUUCGACAAAGACCGCAGUGGAUACAUUGAUGAAAAGGAACUCAGGCGUUUCUUACUGACACUGGGUUUAGCAUUCAACGACAGGGACAAACGGCAAAUGGACACUCUGAUUAAGCAAAUUGAUAAAAACGGUGACGGAAAAAUAGACAUUGAAGAAUUUGUGGACAUCAUGCUAGAGAAGCCGGAAGCACCUUCGGCAAAGUAUUUUCACUAACAUGUUGCAGUGAUCAUGAUUUUUUUACGAUCAAAAUGAAUUGCAUAUAAUGUAUUUUUAUUUUGUUGAAACAUAUUGAUUCAGUUUAGGUGUCACAGCAACUGUCUACGGGUGUUAUUUCAACGACAGGCUGGUACUCGAGUUGAACCGCCGAUAUUCCGCAAAACAAAUCGGCAUUAUUACUGUCAGUAUUAUUGUUCUUUAUUCUUGCUGAGUAUCAAAAAGGCAUUUUUUUUUUAUAAUACUUCGUACUGAACAACUUAAUAUUUGUUAAGAAUAAGUGAGGCGUUUGAAACUUCUCACAAAUGUAAAUUAGUAUCAUUUAAGAAAUUAAUCAAAACACGACGAAGAGGUUAUGUAUACAGCUGAAUUAUUUCGCAAUGAUGUAGUCCGGGUGGAUUAUUCCGCGCAGCGUUUAACUCACCUGGAGUGUUUGUUUUUAUUGUUAUACCUUUCUAUUAUAUAUUUUUGUUUCGAAUCUAUACGUCUGGUGUGUGAUGCAAUAGAUCAGAUAUGGAAAGCAUACUUUCCUGCUGCUGUGUAUUAUAAAACAUGCUUUGUCAUAUUAGAUAUAGACCUUUUUUACAGAGAGCUAUUUCCUUAGCAACGGUAGACAAUUUUCGCGCAUACGCACUCUACGUAGGGCAAAAAGACAUGACCGCACAAUAUAAAUUUCGUAAGAGUUAUAUUGCAUUUCAAUCUAUUCGGUCAAGGAUGUGUAUUUAUACAGUAAAUAUCCACCGCAAGACAAAGGAAAA